AUGGCAGAUGCGAAGAAAUGGUCUGUAACCUACACAAAGCACAUCAAGCAGAAGCGUAAAGUCUAUCAGGACGGUUUCCUAGAGCUUCACUCGUCAAGCCACAAGGUCCUGCUAUAUGAUGAUUGUGAAAAACUAUUAGAAAGCAGGUUUGUGAAGAAAGAGGAUGUCAUCAGAUCCGGUGAAACACUGGAAUUCGAUGCUUAUCUAGUCGACAUUGGGGAUUCUCAUGGAGAUCACAAAUCUAUACCUAAUUUGAAUUUCCAAGGAAGAGAUAAAAAGGUUACGGGGAAAUCUGGAAAUUUACAUGGCCAAAAGUUCAGGAAUAAUCCAAUUUCUGUCUUGUUCACAAAACAAAUAACUCAGAAGGCCAAGAAGUUUCACGAUGGUUUCCUAAGGCUUGCAAGUUGUGGAUUGUCAGGGAGGCAGGGGAUUAUCAGGAAUGACAUGUUUGCACGGCUUGUUGAUAGUCACGUUGUUGGGCCCUUCAUUACUACCGAUGGCAUUAUGAUCAUGCUGUACGAUGCAACCAGGACACUCUUAGAUAGCAGGUUUCUUAAAAAGGAUGAAAUAAUCAGGUCUGGUGAAUCAUUAGCAUUUAAUGCUCACUUGGUGGACAUUGGAGAGACUGAAGAGAUCCAUAAAUGUCCAAUGGACUUGAAAGCUCCUGAAAGAAACUGCAGGGUAGUUGGAAAUAGCGGAACACUGUACGAACAAGAAGUCGAGGCCCACAAUGGCUCUCCGGUUGUUGAAUGGGAUGCUAUGUACACGAGCCAUAUAACUCAGAAAAACAAGAAGUACCACAACGGUAUCCUUGGACUUGCACUUUGUGGUUCCUACCAAAAGCAGGUUACUCUAUUGACUGAAGAUGGGACCCUUUUGAGCCGCAAAUUCCUCAAGUUAUCAGAAGAUGUGACUACUGGAAGUGCAUUAAAACUGCCAAAUUAUUUGGUGGAGGUUGUUGAGCCACGGACAAGUCAUAAAGGAGAGUCUCUGAAGAAUGCUUCCCCUUUAAAACAUGUGGAUUCAAACUUUAGAAGCUACGGGACCGACAAUAUCAAAUUUAGUAGAAGAGUCCCUGCAAAGCAGCCUUUGCGAGAUGCGCAUGAAAUUUUGUCCAUUCUCAAGAAACCCAUGAUUCAGGAGUGUUUUGGCAACAUGGAGAGGGCGUCUCUAGAGAAGCGCCAUGCUUCACAAUCUUUUGGUUUUUUUCAUUCUGAAAUUCAAAAUCAGGUAGAGGAACGAACUGUGCAGGACUUCUAUCAUAAGAGAAGUGCCAUAGAGGACUGUGAUGANACCAUGCUUCACGAUCUUUUGAAUCAGGUAGAGGAACGAACUGUGCAGGACUUCUAUCAUAAGAGAAGUGCCAUAGAGGACUGUGAUGAAGAAUUUACUGCUAUGCACAACUACAGUGGUGAGAUUUCAAAAUCCAAAGCUGUUGACAAUGAUCCUUCAGUUGAGAUCACCAAGUCAGCAGAUUCUAACAACAGAGGAGACUCACAACCGAAAUUUUUUACUUCAUCCAGCUUCUCUCUGGGGUAUGCAUAUACUUGA